UGUAGAGUUAAGACGUAUAUAUUUAGAGGGAUUCAGCAACAAGAGCAUGUGUGACUCAAGAGGCACUGGACUGAAACAUUCAUCUAUUUCUGGGCACUUAAAUACAUUUCAAUGGACUGUGUAUUUUUCAGGUCACAUUUAAAGUUCAAUAUACUCAAUAUACAGAGUGUCAGUGAAGUUGUCAACUGACCAGUGUGUUCUUCAGUGUUUAAAUUGCAAUCACUACUGACUGUCCUGAUGCAGUGUGGUCAUGCCGUUGACGAAUACUAUCAUCCAGACACUUGCAGCUCUGUUGCCGAACAUUAACAGGCGAUUUCGAUUGAUUUGACCUCUGUUGUGAAUGCAUGGAGACUCUGGGGCAGCAAGGAAACAGCAGCAACCUUGGCCAAACUACCAGAGCAGAAGAGUCUUUGGUUAGAGCUGUGGUUCCCAUCUUGGAUGGGCUAAUUCUGGUGACUGGCCUUGUGGGCCAAACCCUGGUCAUCAUCAUCCUUACCGGCAGGAGGAGGAAGGAGAGUCAACCCCCACAUAGCACCGACACCCUGCUGCUGGCUCUGAGCGCUGCUGACCUGCUGCUGCUGCUCUGCCUGCCCUUCCACACCUCCGCCAUCACCCUGGGCUUCUGGCCCUUCGGCAGCUUCCUGUGCAAAGCCAUCAGCUUUCUGGGUGUGGCCUGCUCCGCUGCCUCCGUCUUCACGCUGGCUGCUUUGGCUGUGACGCGCUACCUCACAGUGGUACACUCCACCUGGGCGUACCGCUUGCGAAUGCACAGGCGCAUAAAGCUGACGGUGGCUCUGCUCUGGGUCCCGGCCUCAGCUUUGGCUGCACCGCAGUUUGCCUUCCGCACAGUUACCGUGUCCAGCGAUGUGUACUGCUUUGCCUUCCUGUCUGAUUUCAGCCAGCUGGUUUACAGCAUCGCUCUAUUCCUGUUUGGCUUUGCUCUACCACUAGGCAUAAUUGUGUUGAUGUAUGCAAAGAUCUACUGUUUUUUACGACAUGCGCGGCUGCUGGGGAAUGCUCCCCGGCUGGAACGCUACCAGAGUCAGGUCACUCACACGUCCGCUCUCCUGGUCCUCGUCUUCACUCUCCUGUGGCUGCCCUCCUAUGCACUCAUGUUCUCCUUCAUUGGCGGAACAAUUACAGAAUCACCUGGCUACAGAACUAUUGCCAUCCUGGCCAGACUGUUGGCAUCCUCAGUGGCGGUGGUGAACCCUGUACUGUAUGGCUUUAUGUCUCAGAAGUUCAGACGAGAUUUACUCGAGCUGGGGAGAGAGCGCUGGGCGUGGUGCAAGAGCUGCCUGAUUGGUUGUCCUGAUGUAAUGGGCAGAGACAUGGUGCAGCCCUUUGAGCUGGACACAACCUCAGAGAGAGGGCAAAACUGAGUCUUUGACCAGAAGUACAAAAAACA